GCUUGUAUUUCUGGUAAUCGACCGACGGUCUUACCUUUUCGAACAUCAAUGGAAAACCGUAAGAGCCCAAUGACGACCAACGAUCCCGGAGAGCCGAAAAAGUCCAGGUCUCGCUUCUGCACCCUGUUGCACCAUGAUAUUGUCGAUCCCAGAGAGUUCAUGGUGCACUUCGCCAAGCGCAGGAAGAAUGAAAUCGUAAUCGAGGGCCAGGUCUGCGGUUGGUGCUACAACAUAGAUUACUUAAACGUCGAAAAUAGAAAGUACAAGAAGAAGCGCCCCAAACUUCCGGAUGGGAGGGUCACCAAACGGGGAGCAACCUCACCACGAGGAGCAACCUCACCACGAGGAGCAACCUCACCACGAGGAGCAACCUCACCACGAGGAGCAACCUCACCACGAGGAGCAACCCCACCACGAGGAGCAACCUCACCACGAGGAGGAGCCAUUGCUGACAUCCCUCGUCAUUUCAAUUCGAGUGCUGCGUCAUCGCGAGGUGUUAAGACAUCGCGAAAGAGAACUGCGUCCUCGAGUGACGAUAAGCCCAAAUCACAUGAUUUGGAGGAUAAACCUGGUGACCUUGCCGAAGGUCCGAUACUGAAGUGACCAUAAAGCGAUUCCAAUAACAUGUAACAUGUUUUCAUUGAUUGUAUUCCAAUAAAUGAUCUUGAA